UUCUGUAUUAAAACCCAACUUUUUUGUUGAUCUUGGCUCAGCGAUGGAUCCCAACUUGCGUAAUAUGAAAGACUUUCUUACAUUAUACAACAAAGUGACCGAGAUGUGUUUUAACCGAUGCGUCGAUAACUUUAAUCAGCGCGAGUUGGGCGGCGAGGAGGACACUUGCGUGGACAGAUGCGUCUCCAAGUUCGCUCGCUUUAACCAAAAUAUUAUGAAAGUCUACGUGGAUGCUCAAACCAAAAUAAAUACAAGGCGCAUGCAGGAAGUUGAGGAGAAUGCCCGAAAGUUAGAGCAACAGCAAAAGGAAGACCGUCAAAAGGAGGAGCAAACUCAGAAGGAAGCCUCAGCCGCCGGCCCUUCUGUGCUGACGCCAAUUCCUCCAAACGCCCCGGGAAAUCUAUCCAUCUAGCACCAGACC